AUUCUCUCUUCUUCCUCCCUCCCUCACUCUCGAACGCCCAGCUGAUCCAGGAAGAAUUGUUCUCAAUUCUUUGAAGCUCACCGGAUUCAAUCGCGUAAUUUCAGUAUCCAGAUUUGGUAUGAUUGUGAGGAACUCGGAAACUGCAAUGUCGGAGGGUCGGCAUUUUUCUCGAGUAGACACUUUGGAGAUAAAAUCUCAGAUUGAAAGGAAACUUGGGCGUUUAAAAGCAGAGAAGUACUUUAAUUUGCUGGCCAGAUAUUUGAGUUUAAAGAUUUGCAAAUCUGAGUUUGACAAGCUUUGCAUUGGGACUAUAGGAAGGGAAAAUGUCCGUCUUCAUAACAAUCUCCUCAGAUCAAUUGUCAGAAAUGCUACCCUUGCCAGGACUCCCCCAUCAAAAGAGAGUAAAGUCGAAGGUUCUCUCAGUGUUAAAGUGCCAAAUGGAUUUCAGAGAAGUAGCCUUCAGUCUCUAUGCAAAGACUUUCCUCAAUCCCCCCGCAGAGGCAGGACACCAAAUCUUCGUGAUCGCAAGUUCAGGGACCGUCCAAGUCCUUUAGGGCCUCAUGGUAAGAGCCACAGCACUGCUUGUGAAGAUGCAGUUGCUAAAGUUCAAGAACAACAGAGUGCUACCGAGCUGCUUUCUUUGGGUAGCAGACCUCCAGGCUCUGUGGAGGAUGGAGAAGAGGUUGAUCAGGCUGCAGGAAGUCCAAGCAUUUACAGUAGGAGUCAUGUAAGAGCUCCACUUGGCAUUAUCUUCAAUGCUAAAGCUAUAAGGAAAGUGCCUUCUACUGGAUUUUCAUCUUCUUAUUACACAGAGACUUGUCAUAACAGAGGUGAAUUACCUGAUACCAGUUCUCUAAGGAAAAGGUUGGAACAGAAGUUGGCUAUGGAAGGACUAAAAAUGUCAGUAGAUUGUGCUAAUUUGAUGAACAAUAGCCUUGAUAUUUUCCUCAAGAGGCUAAUCAAACCAUGCUUGGAAGUUGGUGGUUCUAGGUCUGGACACAUACUUCUUGACCAAAGACAUACUUAUUCAAUACCGUGUUCAAGUGGGACAUUGUCUGGGGUAUGUGCACAGAAACCAAGGGGGUUAGUUUCUGCGUCAAUGUUAGACUUUCGAGUUGCUAUGGAGCUAAAUCCCCUGAUUCUUGGAGAGGACUGGCCAACACAGAUGGAGAAGGUUUGCCUGCGUGCAUCAGAAGGGGAAGAUGAAGCCAAUUAGCUCCAUGGUUUGGGUGGGAUUUGGUUCCAUCCAAGGUGAUUUUGAUUUAUAUAGAAACUAGACUCUAACAUCAUCUUGAUCACACCAUUUUGAUAGAACUGCAGAACGUAAGUAUAAAGGCUACAGGAGUUUCGGGUUAAGCUGAUUAGAUUGUAUAUAGGUGAUGGUUCCGAUUUUCCUGGGGGUGGGAACAUCUUGACAUGGCAAAAUUCAAAUAUAUUGACACUGUAAGAAUCUACCUGUUACAAAUAGGUAAUAUAGUUCAGUUGUUCUUGUCUUGAACUUUUUCUCUGUUAAUAAAGCUUUCAUUUGAAA